ACAGGUGAGGUGUGCGUGACGUCGUCGAGCAUGACGGGAGGGACCUGCGUUUGAUGAAGUUUUACUUCCAAACUAAGAGCUCAAAUACACAGGUACAGAUAUGUGUGAUUUCGACAAGCAGAAGGGUCCUGGGCGGCUGAUGAAGAAAGGAUUGACUCUCAUCGUCAUUGGUCAUGUUAAUUUCAUCCUGAGCGCUAUUCUUCAUGGCAGCGUGUUACGCCACGUAUCCAAACCCAGCAAUGAGAUCUCAACGGAGUAUACCAUAUCAAACAUCAUCUCUGUCUCCUCAGGACUUCUGAGCAUCGCAAGUGGAAUUGUUGCAAUAUUGGUGUCGAGGAAUAUUACCUACUGGAAACUACACAUCGGCCUGUUAGUGAGUUCCUUUCUGAACACCCUGCUCACGCUGGCAUGUUUAUUGGGGUUGAUUUUGGCUAUCAGUCUGACCGUUUCAACCGACGGGAGCGGCCUCAUGAAGGGAUGCAAUUCCACUAACAAUGCACGUUCUCUGGUUAUCGUCGACUGCCCUUUUGAUGCCACUCGCAUCUACGACACAACCCUUGCUCUGUGGUUCACCUGCGCUGCGUUCACUUCGCUGGAGGCUGGACUGUCUGUGUGGUGCUUUAUUGUGGGUCUCCAAUUAAGAGGCAUCGGACCCUGUGCUCAAAACUACAUCAGAGAGCAGCUGGAAGAGGAGGCCCUGGCUUCAGGAUCAAAGAUGGACCAGCACCCCACAACUCAAGGAGAGCGUCUCAUUGCACAUCAGUCCGCCAUUGCUUAGAGAGAGGUGGGACAUUUACUGUGGUGAAACAGAACAUAAUGCAAGUUUUCAUUCAUCUGGAGUUACAUUCUGCAUUUGUAUUAAUUAAUAAUGUCAAUUGUUCUGUAGAUGAUUUGAAGCACUGAGGUUGUGAAACAGAUUUUUUUUGCCAGGAUGUUUGGUCUGAAUGUGUUCAGUCUACUCGUAUAGAUUGUAAUUAAACCCAAAACAUAUUCAUAGUCAUUUUCUGAAACUGUAUAUGGAGUUGCAUGUUGUGCAGUUAUCGUUUACAUGGAAACUAAACACCCAACUUAAAAAUUAUGAUUUUUUUUUAAAGUGACCGCUUGUAUUCUUUUUUAUAUAUCAUGUUUUGUUAUUGCACUCCCGAUGUCAAAUAUACCAAAUACUGUUUUAUUUUACUUUAAAGGAAAGCAGCUGUUUUACUAUCUAAUGUGCCACACGCUGAGCUCUCUAUAGUCGGUUGUCAUACAAAGUCCAGUAUGCAGUAUAGAGAGUGUGCCAGAGCGCCGUCAGAGACAUUAAUCUGGGGUGGAUUCAAUGAUGCAGAGAAAAUCUCACUCUCACAGAUAAUCUAGUGUGAUUACAGUAGUUAAAUAUUGACAGAGACAUGACUGAAACUGUCAAAACAAAGAGAUUUCCCUCUGCUUGAUGCAUUACAUUUCAUUUCAAAAGACUGUUUGUUUAGAGAGCUGUAAUAUACUUUCAUUCCUGACACGGUACUCAAAAUCCCUCAUCUCGAUGCAGAAAAGUGAACCUUUUGCUUUUACAUUUAAUUUAAUUAUUUUUAACAUUGUGGUGUGUUAUCAAUGUGCAUCAUAUUUGAAUAUACAUUUUCAUAUUAAAAAAAGUUUUCAGAAAUCUAACUUUUUUUUUUUACAUUAGACUGAAAUGUUUUCAGAUAUAAUAAUUUCAUUUUAGAUUCCAUAGAGUUGAAAUGGUGAAUAUUGUUCUUUUAUAUCUACGCUUUAAUAAAAUGUUGUAAACAUUUGCUAUAAUGUUUUAGUAGUUUUAUGAACAAUUAUCUAAAAUGCAAUUAACAUGGCAUGAAAAGUAUGUUGAAGAGGAUGAACAACAUUUUCCGAAGAGCUACUUUCACUGAUCCUUUGUUAGAUUGGAAAAAUAAAUUUUUCAAAGACCUGUUU